CAAAUUACCAAGAUGGAGGCAAAACUGUACUUUUUUCACUUGGCAUAAACAAUUCUAUAAGCAAAUAAUUAUAAUUGAUAAUAUAAUAGUGUUUUUCACGGUGAUUAUAGGCUUUUUAAAGGUUAGAUGAUUUUCAGAGCAAAAUGUGGCCAAUGCUCCUUGAUUACACCAAAGAUGAGUCAAAAAGGAUAUUGCGUCGUUUGGAGUUGGAAGCAUAUGCUUCGAUUAUUUCUGUCUUCAGGGCACAGGGGGACCUAUCAAAAGAUAAAAAAAAAAUUCUUCAAGAUUUGCAACAAACUUUAAGUAUAUCUACUGAACGGCACAGGGCAGAAGUUAGAAGAGCAAUCAAUGAUGAGAAAUUGGCUACAAUAGCUGACAAUAUAGCUGGUACAAUCAGCAUUGCCGAGUGGACUAUAGAAGGAAGGCGCCUAGUUCCACUUAUGCCUAGGCUUGUUCCGCAGACAGCUUUUACAGCAACCGCCAAUCAAGCAGCCAGCGCGAUGAUGGAAAAGAACGCCUCCCUUCCGCCUCCUUCUCAAACAGCCAAUAAAGAUGGUGCCACUGCUACACUGCCUAAACCACCUCGCUCCACAAGUCCUACAUCUAAUGUCGUAGUUCUACCCAGUGGAACAUCCAUUCAUAUCAAAGGAAUGCUCAAUCAAGAGGAUGAUGAGGAUCUCAGCACUCCAUCCCGCAGAAGCAGUAAUCGCAGUUUAUCAACAGAUAGCAAUAGUGCUGCCUCUGUCUCAACUCAGACACCUCGUAUAACAUACACUACAGCCUCGGCUACUUUACCUGGCUCCUCGCCUGUCAAAAUAACUAUCAGUAAAAGUCCACAAGGUCGGCCAAUUACAGUUCAGUCUACCUCACAGCCUCCAAAGGUCAUACUAGUGACAAGUGCUGGUCCUGUCUCAGGCACCACAGUGAUUCAGCGUUCCCUGUCAGUACCUAUUGUCAGGACCCCAACCACCACUCUGACUACAUAUGGCGGCACCAGUUUGCCGAGGUCUUCUGUCCUGAUCCCUGGAGGACCAUCAACCUCUGUUGCUCAAGUAGUCUCAACCUACCCAGCUGCUGUACCAACAGCAUCCAGUCUGGUAUCAUCUGCAGGGAAUAUGCCAGUAUCUACUAUCAGUUCAUCACCUGCUAUGUUCAACCCUUCUGUUCAAAUUGGUUUAGGCAAAGUUAGACCAAGAAUUGUACCCCGCCAGCGAUACCCAGCUAUGGUUCCGCAGUCCAAGCCAGGUGUAGUAAUACCAAUGGGCCCUCAGCUAGUCUCCCCUACACAGAAUAUAUCAGCUAGAAUACAGGUGCCGCAGCCCCAGCAUACAACAUCCGCAGCUGUUCAGGUGACCCCAUCUCAGCAUAUACCUGGCAGUAUUCAAGUGAAAACACUCAACAAACCAACUAUUCAGAUAAAGCAAGAAGGUGUUAAGAUAAUUACACAGAGUAGUACCAGCAAAAUUUUACCUAAACCUAUCCAGGUCACUGGUGCUGGGAACACCCCAGUGGUUAUGGUCAACACCGGUCAGUCCACAACAGGGAGUUCCGCAGGAGUGACUAUGAUACCUAGGUCUAUAUCUUCAUAUUCAGCUCACCAUGGAGAGGCCAAAGUAUUGAACAUAACAUCUCCAGGAGGAAGAGUCAUAGCAACCACAGCUAAGGCAACCAAUGUUGUGACUGUUAACCCCAAGACACUGCACUUGACUGCUGUAAAGACAGGCUCUGGAAGCACUACGGUAUCCAAGCCUAAUGUCAUAGUUGUCCAGAAGACACAACAUCCCAGGUUUCCUCAAGGACAGGCCGGAACUAACAUCAGGACGAUUACAACAUCAACUUUACCAGGAGCUAUUGACAAAGUAAAUGAACUGAUGGGGCUAGUUCACAAGGAUGCUCAAGGAGGUCAUGUGAUCACGGCUGCUCAGUCAAUGACAGGGUCCACAUUAAGAGGAGGAGAAAGACGAGUUAUCAUAACUACCAGCAGUGGAAGUGGGGAGGCCAAGCAAGUUCGGCCGAUUUCAAUAAUACAUCGUCCCCGUACAGACAAUGAUGGUAAAGGGACAUCUUUGCUAGCAGAACUUAUACAGGCCGUUGGGAUUCCACCAGAUGGCGCAACAGUUGAAACAACAGCUCAAGGCACUGACCCGUACGACUUUGAAAGCACUGAAGGUCAAUCGCAUACAGUAUCCACAAUGGCACUGACAGGAUCAUCCCCUCUCAGGAUAAGUCAUCCCCAGCAGCUUACUCGGCUGCCUCUGCAGAGACGUCAGUUUAUACAGGAAGUUACUGAUGAUAAUGAGGAAGAAGGGUUUACCUUUGGCAUCGCGUCUGCUGAUAAAAGUACUAUCCAGGAUGCAGACGUCGGAGCUGAGCAAGUUUUUACUCUGGAACAAGCUAUGUCCUUGUUGAAUAAGGAAGUAGUAGACCUCACUGAAACAGAUGCAUUGCCAGUCUCCACUUCUGGGACGAUUCUUCCCAGCAUUCAAAGUGCUCUUCCUCCUGCUACCCACCACAUCCAUGUUCAGCCAGAGAUAAAUCUUCAAACCAAGAAACCUUUUGGUGUGGACAUAUCACCAGAAGAAGGACUUAAGGAAGGCCAACUGGACACUCAAACUGGUUUGUUUUAUCAGGUAACGGCCAGUGAUCCCCAAGCCGAUAGUUACAAUUGUGACUCUGUCCAUUCAGGUCAGGUGUCUGUCAGCUACACCCUGACAUCCGUAGCGUCGCCAGCCUCACCACCACCAGCAACAAUAUCGGUCCAGGCUGCUGCAGAUCCAGUUGUCAUGGCCCAGACAGUGAAACAACCCCCACUUGACCUGCUCAGUAGCUCGCUGGCCGAGGCUCAAAUCAACCUGGACUCCUACAAUGAGGAGGAUGAGGAGGACGGAGAGUAUGAAGAGGAAGAUGAUAUCGAAUUGGACAUUCCCCCUGGUGAUGGGCAGUUGAAGUCAUCCGCCCCAAGUGUGACUCACAUAUCUACUGACCCGUCAGUGAGUACCAGGCCAGGCAUGGCAGAAGUUCUAAGAGAAGAAACAGCUAAAGAUGGCACCAGAAUUCUGACAGUCUCGAACCCUGCCUCUUCUCAACAAGAAUCUCUUCUAGCCCACAGCAAUCACCUCGUGUCAUUACCAUCCCAACUGACCAGAUCAUCAGCCAUAUCUUCAACCACAUCCUCAUCUCCAUUUGUGGCUGUCCAAGAGGUCAUGCGUACUCCCCUCCUCAAGGCACCCACCAAUAUCAUCAGCGUUCUCCCUCAGGCUCAGAUCACAUUAAGUCACAAACCAAGCCAACCGCAAUCAAAUGUCUUGCCAAUAGCUGUCAGUGUGGACAAGUCACCUUCUAUUAUCACAUUAAAAAUAGAUGAAUUGACUCCGAAGGCUGGCAUUGAUGAACCAGUAAUAGUUAAUAGUGUUGUAGACAGCUUGACCACUCCUUCCGGAGACGCCUGUGUGGUACAAGCAGAGACCUGUGUCAGCUUACAGCCUGAUGAUAAUGGGUCAACUGCUGACAGUGACUUGGACACAGCCAGCAGUGAUGGACACAUCACGUCAGACCCAACAGGCUUGUUAAGGAGCAGCAAAAGAAAGCGCAAGCAUCCUUCUGGUGUUGAUGAGACAAUGCAGUCUGCGACAGGGAGUUGGGUGAAGACAGCUUUUAGCUUAUUAAUGAAGGUAGCCAGGUUCAAAGGUUCUCCAAGAGAUAGAAGUGACAUACCUGCAGCUGAGUGGUUUACAUUUCCAGUUGACUCAGUGGAUGCUCCUGAUUACUAUACAGUCAUACAAAAUCCAAUGGAUUUCUCCACAAUGCGCAAGAAACUAGAGACAGGCCAGUACAGCAGCUUUGAAGAGUUUCAGGCAGACAUGGAACUUAUUCAGACCAACUGUUACCUGUACAAUAGCGAGGGAACCAAGGUCAGGAGGGACUGCGAUGAGGUCAUGACCUAUUACAAGUUGGAACUUUCGAAAUUACAAGAGAAGCAAGUCAAGGCAUUUUCAAAUACAGCAUCUCCAAUAAAGAAAGUAAGAUUAGCAGAGGAAAAGUCUCAGACAGCUAUAUGAGUAGUUUGGUGGUAUGAAAUCUUACACACUUUGAGCUCACCAUCAGCAUGUCAAGCAGAUCUGGAGAUAGUUGUGUAUGGACUUAGUACUUGCUGCAAUUGUGAGGCUAGAUGGUCACAUUGAAUCAUGUAUAGAAAUGAAACACUCUCAACUGUUGUGUGUUUUAGUUCCUGGUAAUACAGAGUUAAUAUCCCAGUGCCUCCAUCAGGAUUAGAACCAGAGAUCUUCUGAUUGGCAGCUAAAAGCUUACCUCUCAGCCACUUGCUGGUAAUUAAUAUUCAAAAAUGUAUUGUUAGCUAAUUUGAUGUAUACAGGCCGAUGUUAUGAAUGUGAUCUGUACAGGCCAAUGGUUUAUGUCUGAUUUGUACAGGCUAAUGUUAUGAAUGUUUGAUUUGAACAGGGCAAUGUUAUGAAUGUUUGAUCUGUACAGGCCAAUGUUAUGAUUACUUUAUUUGUACAGUCCAAUGUUAUGAAUGUGAUCUGUACAAGCCACUGUUAUGAAUUGAUUUGUACAGGCCAAUGUUAUGAAAAUUAGAUUUGUACAGGCCAAUGUUAUGAAUGUUUGAUUUGUACAGGCCAAUUUUAUGAAUGUUUGAUUUGUACAGGCCAUUUUUAUGAAUGUUUGAUUUGUACAGGCCAAUUUUAUGAAUGUUUGAUUUGUACAGACUAAUGUUAUGAAUGUCUGAUUUGUAUUGGCAAUGUUAUGAAUGUUUGGUUGUACAGGCCAAUGUUAUGUAUGUAUGACUUGGACAUGAAAAUGUUAUGAAUGUUUGAUUGUACAGGCCAAUGUUAUGUAUGUAUGACUUGGACAUGCCAAUGUUAUGAAUGUUUGUUUGUACAGGCCAAAGUUAUGAAUGUCUGAUUUGUACAGGCCAAUGUUAUGAAUUUGUACAGACUAAUAUGUCUGAUUUAUAUGAGCAGUUUUGUUUUUUAAUUAGAUUUUAUUUUUAGCAUAUUUGAUACUCUGGUUCCUAGUGUCAGUGGGUAAGGCUUAUUGUAUUAAAAUAGGUUACUGUCUCUUGAGGUUACUAAUACACACCAGUGUCUUAGUGUAGACCUAUUAGAACUAUACCAUAACGAACAUGUAUGACAAUGUCAGGAUAUGAUCUGAGACCUGCUUCUUUGCAUCAGCAUGCUCUUCCACUUGGCCACUUUGUCAAAACUAGUCAAACAAUUUUCAUUCAUCAUAAAUAUGUGGGUCAUGGCUGGGUCUUCUUAGCCACAUAUAAUUUUGCUUUCUUUAUAAAUCUUAAGACUUGAUGAUUACUCUUAUGAUUGAAGGUAAAGAUAUUUCUCAAAUUUUGUUUGUAUUGAUAUUGGAGAACCCUAAAUGUAUGACUAACUUGUUAUAUCUGCCCGAUCAUGCAGUAUAUGCUCUGGACUAUUGUUCAUACUUGUUGAUGGUCCCAUGUUCAUAUGCUCCCUGCUACCAUCCCCCGUCGUCCUGCGGGAGGUUUGGACUAGGAAGAUAAAUUAUCUUCAACUCUGAAGGAACAUCCAAAACAUGUCAAACAUUUUACAAACAUCUUAUAGUUUGCUUUAGUUAAGAGAAAGAAAAAGACAGCUGCCAUAUCAGCUAGCUCUAAAAUAUAUGCAUAUAUAUAUAUAUACCGGUACACAAACUGUGGCAAACUCUGCCACUCCAGAAUUGGCUUGAUUAGUCACACCAGGUUCUGUCCAAUCUCAAGAUGAAGCCAAAACCUAGUGACUCAUCCAUUGUCUUCCGAGACAGCAGGAGCCAUACAGCAGUUGAUAUGAGAAAUGUCGACCAAGCCUGAAUAAACUUUUUAUUUUAUCAUUUCAAGUUUUUAUUGGAGGUUUCAAUGACAGUUUCUAGGUAUAGCAGUGAUUAAUGCACUUAAUUUUCCUGCCAUAACUUUGUUUCUUCUGCAACUAUCCACCUUUUCCAGAUCGUAAUGACGCGGUUGAUUCUAACAGGGUUGAUUCUAUCAAGUUAUCAAUAAACUUUGUUUAGUGUACGGCACCUGCUAUUCUCUUGUCAUCAUAUUGAUGCAUUCCUUCUUUAUGUGAUUUUUAUCUGCCUCCUGUUCUUCUAGAAGAUUACGUUUUACUAACAGUGAGAGUCUAAUAAGUUAUUCUCGACAAAGUUUACAUAGUAAAGACAAGUUCAAUCUUACUUUGAAAAGCUGAUUGCUGGAGUGUUCCCCGCCUUUCUGUUAUUAUGUAGCAAUACAUUGAUAAACCUUUUGAUCAUUUGGACAGGAGACAUUUUUCAUGUGCCAAACCUUUUGUUUGUUUUUUUUUCUCUCCGUAAAGCAAAAGAUAAUGUGGCAUUUAUUAUACAACUAUACAAUGUAUUAUUUUCUGAGUGUUUAUAUUGUUAAUAAUUUAUUGUUUUGUUCAUAAUUUAUUGAAGAACUUUUUUUUUUUUAAAUGUCUGACCGAAAUGAAAUUUUUAUUCCAUUGUAUGUAUUGACCAGUAAGACACUAUAAAAUUUACUACACGAGAGACUGUAGUUUUAGUUGAUUACUACAUAGAUGAAAAUAAAAUAGAACUGUGUUUGUUCUGUACUCCCAUGUCCCUAAUCCUCUAGCAGACACAAUCUAUGACUUACUUCAGUCUUAUAAAACUAUAAAAAAAUUCACUUAAUUGAUCACAUCGCUAGCAAAACAAAGAGAAAUGUUUUUUUAAUCCUGUAUUUGAUGAAAUAUAUUUGAUCAAUUUAUUGUAAUUAGUAAUUGCAACUUUGUAUUUGUUUGGCCAAAAUACAAGUGCUAAAUUUAGUCUUAUUUAUUUUGUACAAAGAUGUGGCGCUGGGUAUAGGAAUUCAAAAAGCGAGAUGUUUUUAUUUAAAUUUUAAAAAUGUGUCAGAUUAUGUAAAAGUUGUCUCUUCUAAAUCUAAACUAAAUUGGGAAAGUUUCUCAGUGUUAAUAUUUUUAAGAAAUGACGAAUUUCGUAUAAAGCAAUAAUGCAGCAUCUAGUCACUGCUGUUUUUUAAGGAAUGUUAACAAUAAAUUAAGAUUCUUAACAGAAUGUAGCAUUCACUUUAUUUCCUGGGUUAGUAUAUCCUUUGGCAGAUCUAGCUGAGACAAAUGUUGGCUUUUAAAUUUUCUGCUUGGUGUUAUUAAUCUUUUCCCAAAUUAGAUUCUUUGAAACGUCCAUCUAUUCUUUUGCUAAGAUGAGGCAUUUAGAAAUGGUGAACUGAAAGCUGUUCUUCUAGUUCCCGUUUUAGUUUCCUACAAGAGUAUCUGCUUAUCUUACACUCGUAUUUGUGUGUUGGGUAAAAAAAAACAGUUCCUGCAGUAGAAAACAUUGGGUAGACUAAAAUGUCAGCUGGUUUCAAGAACUGCAUUGUCGUUCAUUUUUCUUUACUAUAAAAUACUUAAUUGUAAUAUUUUCUGUUGUGUUUCUAGCUCAUUGACAACCAAAGUUGUCACAUGUACAGAUGCCCUGUAUGUACAUAAUUGUAUGGUGUGUUUUAGUCAAGUGUAAAUAUGUACAUAGGGUUGAGCUCAUGUUGAUUGGUCGAAUGUACUAUUUACAUCUUAAUGUCAUGUUGAGAGAUGUACUUACUGAGAGAGAAGUAAAAAAAAAAACAAAUGUACUUUCUUCAUGA